CGUGCCUCUCUGGAGCUGAUCAGUGCUGCUGUAUGAGAACAGGAGCGGAUGUUUCCGCCGGGACAAACAUAAUCUGUUCCCCAUGGACGUGUUUAUUGCUUGUGGAUGAUGUUUUUGCUGCACAUAUAAAGAGGUCUCCAGCCCACUCUGAUCCCGUCUGCCUCUGAGGACCAGGAGCAAAUGCCACUCUACUAAAACAGGAUUAAAUCAGGAAUCUGUCACCUGACGCUAAGUAGGUGUGAUCUGCUGGCUGCAACCAUGGGAAACCAGCUGACUGAUAUCGCUCCUAACACAUCCUUCCUGCCAAACUUCCAGUCCCUGCACGUGGUUGUUAUCGGGCUGGACUCGGCCGGAAAAACCUCUCUGCUCUACCGGCUCAAACUGAAGGAGUUCGUGAAGACCAUCCCCACCAAGGGCUUCAACACGGAGAAGAUCAAGGUGGCCGUUGGGACGUCCCGGACAAUAAACUUCCAGGUGUGGGAUGUUGGCGGCCAGGAGAAACUGCGCCCCCUGUGGAAGUCUUACACCCGGCGGACAGAUGGCCUGGUGUUUGUAGUGGACUCUACUGAGGUGGAGCGGAUGGAGGAGGCCAAAGUGGAGCUCCACAAGAUCACCCGCACGUCGGAGAACCAGGGGGUCCCCGUGCUCAUCCUGGCCAACAAGCAGGACCAGGAGUCAGCCUUGUCCGUCAGCGAGGUGGAGAAGAUGCUUUCUGUCCACGAACUGAGCAUGUACACGCUGCAUCACGUGCAGAGCUGCAGCGCUGUGGAUGGUGAGGGGCUCCAACAGGGCCUGGAGAAACUUUACGAGAUGAUUCUCAAGAGGAAGAAGAUGGUGAAGCACAAUAAGAACAGGAGGAGAUGAACUCUUGAUUGACGCUGUGGACAUUAGGAGAUUUAUCCACGGUUGGGACACUUCUUUAAUGGACCCUUUUAAUGGGCGAUGUGUGCCAACACAACAACAAUAACCCUCGGCCGCAGGGUCAGGAGGAAUGGAUUUGCUCAUAAUAAUUGAAGCAGUAUCGACAAAUUCUUUGUUCUGCCCCUUGAAAGCUAUUAUAGAUUUGAAGGGAACCUUGAUAGCAAUUAGUUUUCACUAAGUGCUUUUCUACACUUGUUUUAAAGAAGACUUUGCCUGUUAACUGUAGGACUAAUAUAUAAAGAUUUACUUCCAUGUGGCAGGUUCCUAUAGAAUUUUGAAUGUCCUUAAUAUCCUUCACAAGCUUGCACAGAUUUUCCUCCACUAAAUGGUUGUUUAUGUUCCAUGGAUUCUUCCCCGAAAUAUUUAUUCCAUGUUUCUGUGUUUGUGUUGGACAAAAGGGACCUUCUUUUUGGAAAUAAGACAGAUUUCAGUUGUUGAAGGAGCUAAAACGUAUAAUUCAUUUUGUUGCCAUGACUGAACAGUUAUCCCAAGUGCAUUCCCUUUGUGGCCACACAGGUUAAGUUUCAGUUACUUUAUUAUUAAUAAUAAUGUUUAUACAAAUUGUACAUUUUUUAACACUGAAGAAUUAAUAAAUAUAAGCACUGUACAGAAAAUGUAUGGCUUUCCUUGAAGUUAAUAAAUGGGAAUGAAGGAUCCUUUUGAGGUUUAGGGUUGGGACUAAGAAAUUGUGAAUCUGUGCAAAUGAUUCAGAAUUUCAAUGAAAGUUGCCAUAAUCGAAAUGUUUAUAUUAACAAAAGAUCCUAGGAGUGAUGUAUCUCUAUGUAACAUUCAAGUGGGGUUUUUAAUACUCGUUUUUUUGGUUUUCUUAGUGAAUCUUCUCUGAAAACACCACUGUGCCUAGCAGCAGUUUGCAAAAUGCUGAGGAACAUGGUGGACUAUUUAGCAGAUAAAAGAGCCAGAUUUUCCCUCAAGACUUGGUGGAGACCAAAAAUAGAGCAAAAAGGAAAGUUAAUUCUGGAUUAUAUCCAAAUGUUGAAGUCUGGAGUUGUGACACUCCUUCCCUAUUUAUGCCUGAGUCAGCAGAGAUAGGGGAGUUCUCCACCCCUCCUCCUUCCCCACACAAACUGAAACAAUCCAUUUACUUUGAUUCCCACCUUCUAGUCUGCCAGCUUCUGACAUUGUAAUUGCAUGGAUUAGCGUUGAGGUAGUUGAGAGGUGAGGCAGCUCAGCCCUGUUGUGAGAUCAGCAGAUGCUUUACUCUGACUCCCAAACUGAAACUAAAUCAGGUUAUGAUCAUCACAUGAGUUUGUAGUCAUAUAAGGGUUAUUUCGCAAAAAAACGGAUAUCUUUGUUUUAAUUUAUUAUCCUAAAUCAAUUUAUUUGUUCAAUCCAGGCAGAGUUUUUGUCACGUCACUGUGUAUGGUAACAGAGUUCGGUGAUUGUUUGCUUGUUCAGAAUGCCCGGUUUCAGUUUUUUUACGUAACAGUUGAUUUUUGCCACGUUAUUUAAUGACAAGCAUAAACCAUUAAACCUAUUUGUGGCAAA